AUGAGGGUCGUGGAGGUCAUUAUAGAUGGGUUUAAAUCCUACGCUGUGAGGACUGUUAUCUCAGGAUGGGACGAGAGCUUCAAUUCGAUUACGGGGUUAAAUGGUAGCGGGAAGUCGAAUAUUCUUGAUGCAAUAUGUUUCGUUUUGGGUAUUACGAAUAUGGCUACGGUCCGCGCGCAAAAUCUCCAGGAUCUCAUUUAUAAGCGUGGACAAGCGGGCGUCACAAAAGCUAGCGUAACGAUAGUCUUCGACAACCGCGACAAGAAGAAAUCUCCUAUUGGAUUCGAGGAAUAUGCGCAGAUUAGCGUCACCAGACAAAUUGUUCUAGGAGGGACGAGCAAGUACCUCAUCAAUGGCCACCGAGCGCAACAGCAGACAGUACAGAAUCUGUUCCAAUCUGUCCAACUCAACAUUAACAACCCUAAUUUCCUCAUUAUGCAAGGUCGAAUUACCAAGGUGCUGAAUAUGAAGCCAGUCGAGAUCUUGGCUAUGAUCGAGGAGGCCGCAGGGACACGAAUGUUUGAGGAUCGACGGGAUAAGGCAUUCAAGACAAUGGCGAAGAAGGAGAUGAAGGUGCAGGAGAUUACAGAACUACUCCGCGAGGAGAUUGAGCCGAAGCUAGAGAAGCUACGAACGGAAAAGAGGGCGUUCUUGGAUUUCCAGCAGACGCAAAAUGACCUCGAGCGACUCACCCGAGUAGUAGUGGCACAUGAUUAUGUGAAGAAUCAGGAAAAGCUUAAGCAGUCCGCUGGAGAUCUCGAGCUUAAGAAACAACACCAGAAGGACUUGGAGGAUGGUGCUGUUCGGCUAAAGCAUGAGAUUGAGAAUCUUGCGGAAGAUGUUAAAAGAGUAAAGGCUCAGCGGGAUAAGGAGUUGAAGAAAGGCGGAAAGGCACAGGCGCUCGAGGACGAGGUCAAGAAGCACUCUCAUGAAUUAGUUCGACUUUCCACUGUGAUGGAUCUCAAAAAGUCGAGCAUGACUGAGGAGGAGGAACGGAAGUCGACCAUUCAAAAAAGUGUUGCUGAACUCGAGAGCCUGUUGAAGCAGAAGACAAAGGUUUAUGAGAAACUCCAGGCGCAAUACGACAGCGCCAAAGAGGAUCUGGAAAAGCAGAAUUCGGAGGCCGAGACUAAGGAGGAAUUACUCCAGACGCUGCAGACUGGUGUAGCCUCGAAGGAAGGCCAAGAAAGCGGGUACCAAGGACAACUCCAGGAUGCGCGGAAUCGAGCGAGUGCAGCAUCAACGGAACAAGAGCAGGCCAAGCUCAAGACGGCACAUCUUGAAAAGCGCAUCAAGGAAGACCAACCCCGAGCCAAGAAAGCGAAGGAGCAAAACGCCGGUCUUCUCAAUGAUCUUGAAGGCCUCCGGUCACAAGCCCAGAAGCUUGAAAAGGAGCUGGGAAAACUAGGCUUUGAACCUGGCAAGGAGGACGAUAUGUACAAGCAGGAAUCUGCCCUCCAACAGAGUAUCCGAAAACUACGGGAGCAAUCAGAUGUUUUGAAGCGCAAAGUUGCCAAUAUCGAUUUCAAUUACGCCGAUCCCACCCCGAAUUUCGACCGAUCAAAGGUAAAGGGUCUGGUGGCCCAGCUGUUUACUCUGGAUAAAGAUCGCACGGAAGCUGGAACCGCACUUGAGAUCUGUGCUGGGGGUCGGCUAUACAACGUCGUUGUUGAUACCGAAGUGACAGGCACCCAACUCCUCCAGAACGGCAAGCUGAGGAAGCGAGUGACUAUCAUUCCACUAAAUAAAAUCGCCGCCUUCCGAGCAUCCGCAGAGAAGAUUGGUGCUGCACAAAAGAUUGCGCCUGGUAAGGUCGAUCUGGCUCUGUCCUUGAUUGGCUACGAUGACGAAGUAUCUACGGCUAUGGAUUAUGUCUUUGGCAAUACUUUGAUCUGCGCCGAUGCGGCGACAGCAAAACGGGUGACGUUUGAUCCCGCUGUUCGCAUGAAGAGUAUCACUCUUGAGGGAGACUCAUAUGACCCUUCUGGGACUCUUUCCGGUGGCAGCUCGCCGAAUUCAAGCGGCGUAUUAGUUACAUUACAGAAACUCAAUGAGUUGACCAAGGAGCUUGGUGUCCUAGGAAACAGGUUAUCGGAACUCCAGGCAACAAUGGCCCGGGAGAAGAAAAAGCUCGAUCAAGCCAAGAAAAUCAAACAGGAGCUAGACCUCAAGUCCCACGAGAUCAAGUUAACAGAGGAGCAGAUUGGGGGCAAUUCAUCAUCCUCCAUUAUCCAGGAGGUUGAGAAUAUGAAAGCAACCAUUGUCCAGUUGAAGACCGAUCUAGUUGAUGCGAAGAAGCGGCAGGACGAGGCCAACAAAGAUGUUAAGCGCAUCGAAAAGGACAUGAGGGAUUUCGAUAGCAACAAGGAUGGGAAGCUUGUCGAACUGCAGAGUUCGUUGGAUGCUUUGCGGAAAACUCUCGCCAAGAGCUCGACGUCUGUCAAGGCCAUGCAGAAGGAGCUCCAAGGGGCCCGUUUGGAUUCGGAGCAAGUGGGCGGUGAUCUUGCUGCGACCCAAGAACAGCUUCAAGAUGUUGAAGUGACGCUGAAAUCUCAGGCUGAUGAGAUUGCGAGCCUUGAAUCGGAGCAGGGCAAAGCGAAGGACCUGCACGAUAUUGCUCAAGCCCACUUGGAUGAUGAGCGAGCAAAGUUGACUGGAUUCGAUGAGGAGCUGCGGUCGCUUGAGGAAGCCUCACGGUCUAAAUCGGCACGUAUCACCGAGGAAAGCCUCGAGAUGCAAAGGCUUGGCCACCAGAUUGAGAAAUUCCAUAAGGAACAGCAAGGGGCUGUUCAGACAGUGGCUCACAUGGAAAAGGAACACGAUUGGAUUGCGGAUGAGAAAGACAACUUCGGCAGAACGGGGACGCCUUACGACUUCAAGGGUCAGAAUAUCGGUGAAUGCAAAGCAUCUCUGAGAAACCUUACCGAGCGAUUCCAAGGGAUGAAGAAGAAGAUCAACCCUAAAGUCAUGAACAUGAUUGACAGUGUGGAGAAGAAGGAGGUUUCUCUCAAGAACAUGAUGAAGACCGUGAUUCGGGACAAGAAGAAGAUUGAAGAAACCAUCGUUACCCUGGACGAGUACAAGAAGAAGGCUCUACAAGAGACGUGGGAAAAGGUGAAUGGAGACUUUGGGCAGAUCUUCGCGGAACUGCUACCCGGUAGUUACUGCAAGCUCGAUGCGCCCGAGGGCAAGACGAUAAAUGAUGGAUUAGAGGUCAAGGUCUGCCUAGGAAAAGUAUGGAAACAAAGCCUUACAGAGUUAUCGGGAGGCCAGCGUUCGCUCGUCGCGAUCUCCCUGAUCAUGGCGCUGCUCCAAUUCAAGCCGGCGCCGAUGUACAUCCUGGACGAGGUCGACGCGGCGCUGGAUCUUUCGCACACGCAAAACAUUGGACGGCUCAUCAAGACGCGGUUCAAGGGCAGCCAAUUCAUCGUGGUCAGUUUGAAGGACGGCAUGUUUCAGAAUGCCAAUCGCAUCUUCCGCACGAGGUUUAGUGAGGGUACUUCGGUGGUUCAGGCGUUGACUGCAGCGGACUUCAAUUGA